UUUCAGUAGCUAUUACAAAUACAAAUAGUUUUGUCAUAUCAUAGGCUAGCUUACUUUGCAUUGGGUUUUGAACAAUUUGUUCAACUUCUUCCGGACAUUGACAUUCAACAUUGAUAAUGUGUUGAUUAUGACAAUUAAAAAUAAAUGACACUAAAUACGUACACAAUACGUAGCCUUUUUUAAGCAACACCAAAAUUGCGUUUGUUAGUAUUAGAACGCUGCCAGUUUCAGUGACGUCACUAGCAUGGUAGGACCUGAGAAGUUCUAUAGGCAACAGCUGCAGCAUAAUAUGUACACGAAAAUUAGUAAUUUGAAUGGCAUGGGUUACAAAUUUGAGCCUGUGAGGGACAGGCCUGUAGUGUCUUGACUACCACUAGAUGGGUUUCAGGCUCCAGCUCAACCUUCAGUAGGAUCAUUUGGGUGAAAAUGACUGUGUGGGCGCUGCCGGAGCAUGGACACUGGAAUCUAUCUGUUGCAAAGCAGUGGCGAAACGUAGGGAAAAUGUUCAAGGAAGCCAAAGUGACGGGGAAAAUAUGUUUAUUUAUGUAUAGUUUAUUUCGGGGGGUAUACAUUUUGUGCAAUGUACACAACAUAGAUACAUUUUGUGCGGCACAACAUAGCUACUGUAGACCUAGCCUACAGGUCAUGUAGAAAACUGGACGAGGGGCACUUGAGACAGCAACACGCACGCUGUCUCUCUGUCUCCCUCCAUCCCUCACACACACACAUUGCCUACUGUACAUCCUCCACACAACUGCAUACUCACUCACCACCACUACAUUAGGCCUAUGCGAAGGCUACGGUGCAUAUACAAAUAAGCUAUAUAACACGCAUUGUCACGUCAAUGUAGGCUAACGCAGUAUGGACUACUGGCACUCGUAACAGCAACUCACAUGGGCUCUCUCUCUCCCUUCCCUUGAAACUGAUAAAAACUUUGUUACCCCAAGUUGACCCCAGAUACACGGAGGAUACACGAGUUUGCCGUUUAUUUUUGGCUAACGUUAGUGGAGAAUUUGCAGAUUUUUACCUUGUGGAUGUUGAUAUUGCACGAGUCUCUUGGAUAGCAGCACUGCGAGUUAAACUCCCUCGCAUCAACAAUCUGCCCUGAGAUGGUGAACAACUGGCUUCAGGUGUGCCAAGCCCCUUGCCUCUUGCUAGAUCCUGGUGAUGUGCCAUGGGGUAUGAUGUUACCAGGUUUCAAGGAGAGGUGGAUGAGGAUCUGCUGUGUCCUAUCUGUAGUGGAGUGUUGGAGGAGCCUGUGCAGGCCCCUCAUUGUGAGCAUGCCUUUUGUAAUGGCUGCAUCACACAGUGGUUUGCCCAGCAGCAGAUAUGUCCAGUUGACCGCACAGUGGUGACGCUUGCCCACUUGCGUCCAGUACCGCGGAUCAUGCGAAACAUGUUAUCCAAGCUGCAGAUCACCUGUGAUAAUGCCAGCUUUGGCUGCACUGCAACACUGCGUUUGGAUCAACUUCACUCACAUCUCAAGGAUUGUGAGCACAAUCCAAAGAGACCGGUCACCUGUGAGGAAGGCUGUGGGCUAGAGAUGCCCAAAGAUGAAAUGCCUGGCCACAACUGCAUCAGACACUUGCGCAGUGUAGUGCAACAGCAACAGACCAAGAUUGCUGAGCUGGAGAAGACCGCUGCAGAACACAAGCAUCAAUUGGCUGAACAGAAACGAGACAUCCAGCUCCUGAAAGCAUACAUGAGGGCCAUUCGCAGUGCCAAUCCCAAUCUGCAGAAUCUUGAGGAGAGCAUUGAGUACAAUGAGAUUUUAGAAUGGGUGAACUCUUUGCAACCUGCACGUGUGACCCGCUGGGGUGGCAUGAUUUCUACCCCAGAUGCUGUGCUCCAAGCUGUCAUCAAGCGCUCUCUCAUUGACAGUGGAUGCCCACUAUCCAUUGUCAAUGAUCUCAUCGAGAAUGCUCAUGAACGCAACUGGCCGCAGGGCCUGGCCACACUGGAAACGAGGCAGAUGAACCGGCGUUACUAUGAGAACUAUGUAGCAAAACGCAUUCCUGGUAAACAAGCGGUGGUGGUAAUGGCCUGUGAGAACCAGCAUAUGGGAGAGGACAUGAUCCUGGAACCAGGGCUGGUCAUGAUUUUUGCCCAUGGAGUUGAGGAGAUUUUAUAAUUAUGAACUCAAUGUGGAAUGAAUCAAUGAACUUAUUGUGGAAUUGGGGUAGCUUAUUUUUUCAAGUGUCAAGCUAUAGUUCCUUUUUUAUUGUUUCAUGAUGGCAUCAAUAAAAUGCCUCCAUCAUAAAAUUAUGUUUUGUACCACAGCGUUUUCUUGUCGCUCUGUUAAGGCUUGGAAGCAGGAAAAGGAGACAUUUAAUAAGGCCACCAACUUCAUAAGCUCUGGAGGGUGCAUCCUCCCUUUGCCUUACAAGCCCCAGUAGUUUAAUACGAUCAUUACGUUAUCGAUUGAUUGUACAAUAUGAAACUAAUUUUUAUAAUUUUGCCUUUGAAUUAUUGUGUGGUUAGCGUAAAUCGGUCAAAUGAGUUUUUGGGACAAUAUAUUGUCCAGCAAAAAUAGCCAUCAUGACGGACCUACCAAAAUCGAAACCAGUUAGAUGCUUUAUUUUACGCCGCUUUAUCACUGAUUAUGACCCACAAAAAAAAACAGUGUCCUUUUACCUAAUGUUAGCAGUAGCACAGCAGGGUUUGUAAAUUUCAGAAAUGUUUUUGACCCGUAGUCAGAUGUUCUACCAAAUGGGAACAUGCUCUUGACCUUAGAGGAUACAAAUAUGCAACAGUCAACUCUGAUAUGAAGAAGAAUGGCAUAUUAUGUAAUUUGUUUGUCAUGUUUUAGCAGUUAUAAGAUGUUGAUUUUAGAUUAUAUGGGCUGGAAUGGAAAAAAUGCUUUAAAAGCCCUGCUCUUAGAACCAAAUUUGCAGAUCCAAUCUAAUCUGAUCUGAAGAUAAAAUGUGGAACCUUUUUGCAUUUAAUUUGAUCAUGUUAGCAUUCAUUGUCUGCUUCAUUUUUGGGCAUGGGACACCAUGGACUUGCUGUGCUUUAUGUAAGUUUAAGAACAUAUGUAAAUAUGUAGCCCACGUGUUGUUCAGUUUUAUGGAUACCACUUCAUGCAUAAAUAUGUGGUAACACCUGUAUCAAAAGUUGUGGAUUUUUUUUAAAUAUUGUAUUUCCUUCAAUGUGCUUGAAUAUCCAGAGGAAAUGAGUGGGUUCAAUCAGGUUAUACUCGGUGAAUCCUCAAUGUGAAUCCUUAAGUGGAUACUCAAUGUAUUUAAGUGUGCUGUAACAGGAUAUGUCUUCUGUAAUUUCUGUAUGGUAUAACCAAUGAACACCUUACUGCGUGUGUGUGUGUGUGUGGAUAAGGUUGCUCUGUGCAUGUCUUCAUUGUUCUAUAAUCCAACAAUAUUUGGUUGCAAAUGGAACACAUACCACAUGUUAAUUGUUGAAAGUGACAGUUUCAUGGAAAAUACAGUAUAAGUUAAUUUUGAAUUUGAAGCAACAUGUCUAAAUUAAGUUUGGAA